ACGUGACAGCAGGCAGCAGGCCGUAGUAGUGACGUCACUCCGGCCAUGAGAGAGAAGAUGGAGCUCUCCUCGACGGGUGAUCGCGUGUUCGCGGCGGAAGCCAUCCUGAAACGCCGCGUCCGCCAGGGAAGACUUGAAUACCUGGUGAAGUGGAAAGGAUGGGCAAUGAAACACAGCACCUGGGAACCCGAGGAGAACAUCCUGGACGACAGGCUGAUACUGGGCUUUGAGCGCAAGGAGCGGGAAAGGGAAAUAACCGGGCCCAAGAAACGGGGUCCGAAACCCAAAACCGUUACCGGCAAGAUUCGGACCCAGAAGGCAGCGGCCGGCAGCCGAGCCUCCUCCUCGUCCACUCCCGGCAGAGCGACUCCUUCCUCCUCCGCCUUGUCUCAUUUGGCGUCUUCGUCCUCCUCUUCCUCGACCGUGGCGCCCUCUCCCAAACUCAACUCCCUCGCCGCCACCCACAAGCUGAAGAAAGACAUUCACCGCUGCCACCGCAUGUCCAGGCGCCCGCUGCCCCGCUCGGACCCCACGGCGGCCUCCCUCUCCAACCCCGGUGGCCUCCCCUCCCGUCUGCACGUCUCUCCCUUCUCCGAGACCGUCCGCAUCCUCAACCGCAGGGUCAAACCCCGGGAGGUCAAGAGGGGUCGGAUCAUCCUCAACCUGAAGGUCAUCGACAAGCCGGGGAGAGGCGGCGCGUCCACAGGCGGCAGGAAUACGACGGCGGGACGCCAGAACAUCCCGUCACGCAAUCGCAUCAUCGGGAAGAAGGGAGAGGCCCCCUACAGACCUUUCCAGCCCCCUCUGAAGAUGCUGGGCUUCCCCAUGUAUGGGAAGCCGUUUGGGCUGCAGUGUGGGGGCCCCCCCGCGUCCCCUCCCUCCCACCCAGGCUCCAGCACCGGGGCCGGGAACACCCAGUCCACUUCCUCCCAGCACCGCUCACCUCCGUCUCCUUCCAGCUCCGCCCGCUCUGAUCGAAAGGCCUCGGCGGCUCAGUCCCAGCCUGCCGCCGAGUCCAGUGGACCCCCCACAGAGACCCAGAAGGGCCAGAGCGCCAAGCCAGCGGCUGCUUCCCCGAACCCGCCUUUCUUCCCCUGCUUGCCAUCACCUUCCUUGGAGGACGACGAGGAGGACGGUGGUAGGACGACCCAAGAGGUAUGCAGGAAAAGUCCCCGCCAACGGCGGGCUAAACGCCAGCUGACCGCUGCCUCCAUGGGCGCCGCCCUCCCCGGGGACCAUAGCUCCGCCCCCGUCGAAGCCCAAAGGGCCCCCGCUGAGGGAGACCCUAACUGGCACCCGGAAAUGGCGCCGAGCUGCAAGGACGUGGUGGUCACCGACGUCACCACCAACCUCGUCACCGUCACCAUAAAAGAGUUCCCCUCCCCAGCCUCAGGCCCCGCCUCUCCCUCUGCUGGCCCUGAAAACGCCCCCUCCCCUGCCCCCGCCUCCGAUGACCCCCCUCCUCCCAAGCCAUAGGAGACCGGACGCCGUUGAAUACCCGCGUUGCUACUUGUUUGUGAAAUGUAAACACGGGCAGCUGAUACGCCAUUAAAGACAUUAAAGACUCUCCGACGCCGACCCAGUUGGGAACAGCAACAGGUAUUAUUUUACCUGUAAAGAUAACCCCCCCCCACACCCCCCCCCCCACCCCAUAGUGCCAUUGGAAGUCCAGCUGGUGAAAGGUCAAUGAGCCGUGUGCUCUGAACCCGUUGGACUCUUAUUGCAGCUCAUGAAGCAUCCUCGUGAACAUGCUUAUACGUACUCAUGAGUAUUCACAUGCACGCACAACCUUCUCAGCUGCACAAUAACACAAACAUAGUUUAGAAGUCAUCGUGUUUCCCGGCUGUCAGAAACCUCGCUGGUCCUUUGAAGGUCCAGAAGCUCCGUGGGCUGAACCCGGAUCAGCUGACGGAGUGAAGACGCUGAUGGAUUUCAAUACUUUACACCUUUAAUGGGAUCUUUAGAUCAGCAGUUCUGGUUCCACCACGUGGUCCUGGUCUGAGCCUGGACCUGUUAACCCUUGUGCUUCACUUUAAAUGACACAUCGAUGUCUGUUCGAUCGCACCUAGAAACACGUUUUCCUUUAGAACGCCGCAUUGAGGUUUAAAAUAUGAAUACACCCUCAGACUGUAAGAAGUCGUCGUCUUUAAAUUUUGUUAUUAUUUUUAAACUAGUGAACAGGAAGUGACCAUAUCAGGAGGGACGCAGAGACGCCAAUCACCUGUAGCCCCGCCCUAAAGCAUCCCCUGCUUUAUGGUCUGUUUGUCUCUAAAUGGCCAUAAUGUACUAAAUGAACGUCACGCUGUUAGCCCAAUGUCACAAAUCACAAACUUUACAAUCUGUACACAUACGACAUCCAAGGCAGGAGGCCGGCUCACCAGCAUCAGACACCUCCAGGUCCAAUGGACCCUAUGAGACGUGAAGUCACAACGACUCCGGGGAGGAAGCAGAGUUAAUAAGGUGCAAUGGAGAGAUGUAAAUUCAUCCAUAAGGAGAGAGAGAAGAGGAGAGAGGUGCUCAGUGUAUCCUAAAACAUCCCCCAGCAGCCUAUAAGCCUAUAGCAGCAUAUCAAGGGGCUGGACCAGGGCAAACCUGAUUCAGCCCUAACUAUAAGCACUAUUAAAGAGGAAAGUCUUAAGUCUAUUCUUAAAUGAGGUGACUGUCUGCCUCCAGGACUGAAAGUGGAAGCUGGUUCCAUAAAAGAGGAGCUUGAUAACUGAAGGCUCUGGCUCCCAUCCUACUUUUUAGGACUCUAUGAACCACAAGUAGCCCCGCAUUUAGUGAGCAGCUCUCUAGUGGGGCAAUAUGGUACUACAAGCUCCUUAAGAUAUGAUGGUGCAUCACCAAUCAAGGCUUUGUAGGUGAGGAGAAGAAUGAAGCACAUGAAGCUUUGCGUUACUACUUCCUGUUUUGAUGUCGGUCAAUGUGGUUGGACAUUGAUCUUAUUGAUGGUUAUUUAAGAUGAACAUAAAGAGCUUCAUGUUUCCCCGUUUCUUUACAUUUGUUUUGACGUUUUUUUGACGGUUAGUAUUUUGGGUAAACUUUUGGGUUUAUUAGAGACGUUUAAAAAGCUAAAUAAAGACCCAAUGCACAAGGGUUACCAUGACGGCUUCGCCCUUGAAAGGCAGCGCUUCCUUCUGGAGCCUGAAACUAAGGUUCAGCACUUUGCAUUUUGACCUUUGACCUGGGGGGAAAAUCAGCUGCCGACCAGAAGAUCAGUCUGAUGAUCGGCUGUUUCAGGAAGUCGUGUUCACGCCAAACGUUUCCUUGACUCCUCGUUUCCUUGACUCCUUGUUUCCUUGUCUCAUUGUCUCCUUGUUUCCAUGUCUCCUUGUUUCCUUGACUCCUUGUUUCCUUGUCUCUGUUUCCUUGACUCCUUGUUUCCUUGACUCCUUGUUUCCUUGUCUCUGUUUCCUUGACUCCUUGUUUCCUUGUCUCAUUGUCUCCUUGUUUCCUUGACUCUUCGUUUCCUUGACUCCUUGCCUCCUCGUUUCCUCACGUCCUUGUUUGUCUCCUCGUUUCCUUGCCUCCUCGUUUCCUCGCGUCCUUGUUUGUCUCCUCGUUUCCUUGACUCCUUGCCUCCUCGUUUCCUCGCGUCCUUGUUUGUCUCCUCGUUUCCUUGUCUCCUCGUUUCAAUGUCUCCUUGUCUCGUCUCCUCGUCGUGCUGUUUCAAUGCUCUCGUAGGCUGCAGGAGGGACAGACGUUGUUGGGUGGUCGUCUUCAUCUUUGAUCUUUGAUCUCUUUCUGUAGACGUCGGCUCAGAUUGUUGUUGUUGUUGAUUUUAUCCGUUAACUUUUAAAGAUUCAUAUUUGAUGUUUACUUGCUGUUUGUUUGGCGCUCGGCGGGAAUAAAGGAAGGAUGUUUAAACGUGCGGAGAAAGAAGCUUCAUGAACGUUCUCCUUUGUACUGUACUUUAAUACUUUGUAUUAUUUUUAAAUAUGCAUAAUAUUGCUAAUGUGAUGCUGUUAAUUUGAAUUGCAUUGUGUGGUUCACGAAGCGCUCUUCAGACGGUGCGUUCAGGGUUGCGUUACGACUCGUUGCUUUCUGUGUUUCUUGUUACGAGGCUUUUCAUUAAAAAGCUCUUUGAAAAGA